UUGGUUGUAGCUCCUCCUUCACCCAUCCCCAGCCUCCCUAGGCUGGUAUGGGGGUCGCUGCGUCCCGGACUGGUUGUGCAGAUACCGAGGCCAGUGCGGGGAAGGGCCCCGGGCGCCCCAGUCAGAGGCGGGGGCGAGUCCAGGACACGAGGGUCUGCUCCUGAGCAAGAGGGCCUCCCCGGGCCUACUUCAAUCUUCCUUCGCAAGAAAACGGAGCCAAGCCCUUUCCCUCUGCCCUCGGGGUACCUGAAGUCUGGCCCCACCCUGGUCUCAGUGCACUCUUGGUGGCCUCCUUUCUCCAGCUGCCCGCCCACCACCAUGCCGCCCCUGCGCCUGUGCCGUCUGUGGCCCCGCAACCCUCCCACUCGGCUCCUCGGAGAGGCCGCCGGGCAGCGGUCCAGCCCCAGUAAUUAUUAUGAACUGUUGGGGGUGCAUCCUGGUGCCAGCACUGAAGAAGUUAAACGAGCUUUUUUCACCAAGUCCAAAGAGCUGCACCCCGACCGGGACCCUGGGAACCCGACCCUCCACAGCCGCUUUGUGGAGCUGAGUGAGGCAUACCAUGUGCUCAGCCAUGAGCAGAGCCGCCGCAGCUAUGACCACCAGCUCUCCUCAGCCAGCCCCCCAAAGUCUCGAGGAAACACAGCCCACCCUAAGUCUGCCCACCAAACACACAGCAGCUCCUGGGCACCCCCCAACGCACAAUACUGGGCCCAGUUUCAUGGCGUGAGGCCACAGGGGCCUGAAUCGAGGCAGCAGCAACAUAAACUCAACCAACGAGUGGUGGGGUAUUGUCUCCUGCUCAUGCUGGCAGGCAUGGGCCUGCAUUAUGUCGCCUUCAGGUGUAUCCCUGUCCUCCCCUGGGGUGAUGGGCCUAGGGUAGGAGGGUGGGUGAAUCCCAGUUUGGUCCGCCAUCUAUCCACAGCACUCUAUGGCCUGCACUCUUGUGUUUCUCAGGCUAAAAACUGCAUGAAAUCAGUCUCUGGAGCUUCCCCUUACUCGGUAAAGGCAGCACCGCAUGAAGGGCUAAUGUUGUCAUUUUCAGUUUUUCAUCAUUUGAAUGUAAAUCUUUGCUGCUGGCUGCCAGAGAAUGCUGCAGCCAACCAAAAUCACGUACAAGAAGCAAAUGUGUUGGAACUGGGCCUCUCUAGCAACCGUCUUCAUUCAUUUGGCAGUCUCCCCACCACUCUCUCACCCCAUCCAUGAAGUGGAUUUUCUACAGCAAAGAUACCUAAAGGCCAGUGCCCACCGCUAGCAGCUGCCUAGUUCAGAGAUAGAGUUAGAUGUAGGUACAACCCUUUCUAGUCUCCUGGGAGGAGCACUGCCAUGUUCACAGCUGCUGUCACCACCUUUGGCAGGACAUUCAGGGACUUGGGGUGCCACUGGGCCCUGGACAAGCCAGGCCACUCUGUGUCUCCACCUAUCCCAGACAGGGUUGGGCUGAGGUCCCCACAGAUGUAAAGCUGUGAGACCCUAGAGUGGGGUGGGGUGGGAUAGGACUUGAGGGACAGGAGGGACUGGAGUCCCAGGGUUAACUGUGACCCCCUUGCAGGAAGUUGGAACAGAUACACCGUAGCUUUAUGGAUGAGAAGGA